CGUCGAAGGAAGCAGGUGGCGAUAUUCAGGUUCGAGCUGUCGCGUGGCCGCCUCGGUUGGUGGCGAGACCUCAUUUCAGGUGGCGGACACACGAAAACGGUGGCAGAAAACGUUGGUACGCGUCGACGCGGAGCUCGCCGAUAACCGGAACUCGCGUUGUGCACUCGCGAACAGUAAAACCGGAUCGUUUCGCGCAGCGUCGAUCAUAGUUUUCAGCCUCGUAACACGCCUUCGGCUACCUGGCAGGUGAAUCUAUUCCCGGAAUCUUUCUGUGUUCGUAUUCGACACGGUGCACGCGAGCGCACGCGCGCGGACACGAGGUCCUCGCGGCGGUAAAUCGUCGGCACCUGGUGACUUCGAUGCCCGGAGAGGCCGUAACCGGAACGGGGAAGCGAGUUCGCGGUAUUGUGCAGGAUUUUUCGCAGUGUGGUUCCUCGGAACGAGAGUAAAUCCCGGCGAACACGGAAGAAACGAGCAACUCGCGGAGAGAUGUUACGAUCGGACCAGCCUCGAGGUUUCUCCUGGAGCACGCUGUUGGGCAUGGAAGCAUGAGAACGUCGCACGUGCUGGCUUCCAGAGCGGACUGAGGAGCAGCGAUCGACAUCCAGCGAGCAGGGGAACGUAGCCGAGGACGAGGAUAGCCCGUGGACCAUGUAUCGGCCGAACUUCUACGAGAGCACGUGUCUGAGGUGCGCCCAGACCGUGUACCAGGUGGACAGAGUGGGCCCGCUGAAGGACUUCACCUUCUUCCACGCGGGUUGCUUCAAGUGCGCGAUCUGCGGCACCAAGUUGACCCUGAAGACCUAUUACAACAACCAGCACACGAUCAACGACAAAGAGGUGUACUGCAGCAGUCACGUACCGAAACCGGGCCCGGGGACCUUGGACGGAUCCUGCGUGGGCAUCAGGAGCGCGCUCAACGUGCCCAGGAGCGGUUACGUCAACGAACAGAUCAGAGCCGGUGGCGCGUCACCGAGAGGAGUUUAUCCGCCCUGCUACGAUAAUGUAGACUCGCCUAAUUGUGCCAGGCACCUGAACGGACACGGCUCACCACCGGCCACCAAUUCUUCCCAACGAGACGUCCACGGGAAUUCGGCAGGAGGAGGAUCCUCGCCGUACAACCACAAUUAUUCCGGUGACGGAAGCUACCAGUACGGCAGAUUCGACGCGAGCGCCCUUCACAUCGCCCAUGCCCUUAAGCAGACCGAGCUACAGAAGGGUUACAGCAAGGCACGCGAGAAACCCAUCGAUUAUUAUCUGGACCGAGAUGAGCAAACGCGUCUGGAGAUGAAGCACCGCAAGGAGGAGGACGAUCUGUACCGAAAGUUUGCUCAUCACCGCGAAGAGGAGGACAGACGAAUCCGCGAGGAAUUUAGGGACGAAUGGGAGAAAGAAUUGGAACAACUAUCGGCCAGAUGGGAGCGGGAAAAAGGCGGAAGAGUUCGAACCCAACAGUUUCAACAGGAGAAAGAGGACUUGGAGAAGAACAUGACUCUGCGCAGGGACAAGAAGAAGGAAAGUCUCACGCGCAAAAUGCUGGAGCACGAACGGGCUGCGACCGCGGCGCUGGUGGAGAAACAAAGCUCGGAGAUGUUGGAGCUGAUCAACGAGGCGAGAAGCGAAUAUAUGCGUCAGGAGAGCCUGUAUCUCGACGAAGGGGACGGUUAUACCCAGGAAGCACCGCCUAUGCCUUAUCCGUCGCGAGCACCACCCCCGCAACCCCCAGCCCUAGCCAAGUAUCACAUCUACAAUGAUCCUCUGGAGUUUGCUGACAUGGAUCAGAUAGCUAUUUCGGUAGCUCAAGAAGACCAGAAAACGUUCACGGACCUGGUGCGACAGUUGGUGAGCAGAUGCGGAUCCGACAUAGAAAAGGCUAGGACAAUAUUCCGAUGGAUCACCGUGAAGAAUUUGAACACCAUGCAAUUCGACGAGAAUCUGCGAGGAGACACGCCUAUGGGUUUGUUGAGGGGAAUCAAACACGGAACCGAGAGUUACCAUGUUCUGUUCAAGCGAUUGUGCAGUUACGCAGGCUUGCAUUGCGUGGUCAUAAAGGGUUACAGCAAGUCGGCCGGUUAUCAACCAGGUGUUUGUUUCGAGGACAACAGAUUCCGGAACAGUUGGAACGCAGUUUAUGUAGCCGGUGCGUGGAGAUUCGUUCAAUGCAACUGGGGGGCACGACAUCUCGUCAAUGCCAAAGAAGUACCCCGCCCCGGGCAACCAAAGGCCAAGAACGACAGUCUCAGAUACGAGUACGACGAUCAUUACUUCCUGACGGACCCACGCGAAUUCAUAUACGAGUUCUUCCCGCUUCAAGAAGAAUGGCAAUUGCUCAAACAACCGAUUUCGCUGAAGGACUUCGAAGAGCUACCUUUCGUGCGAUCGCUGUUUUUCAGGUACGGGCUAUACUUUCCGGAUACGAACACGAAUGCCGUUAUGUACACGGAUUCGACGGGUGCCGCGACGGUCAGGAUAGCCAUGCCAGCGCACAUGCAGUCGUCCCUGAUUUUCCACUACAAUUUGAAGUUCUACGACAACGACGGCGACGGAUACGACGGUGUGUCGUUGAAACGAUUCGUCAUGCAGUCCGUCGUUGGAAACAUAGUCGCGUUUCGGGUGCACGCCCCGUGCUCCGGGGCUUUUCUCCUCGAUAUAUUUGCAAACGCGGUAACGCCCAAAGAAUACCUAACAGGCGAACCCAUGAAGUUCAAGAGCGUGUGCAAAUUUAAGAUCGCCUGCGAGGAAUUGCAAACAGUUAUGGUGCCAUUACCAGACUGUGCAAGCGGCGAAUGGGGCCCCACGAAAGCUACCAGACUGUUUGGCCUCAUACCGGUUACUCAUCAGGAGGCCCUGGUGUUCGCCGGUCGAGAGCUGGAGAUUCAAUUCCGUAUGUCGCGACCAUUAACCGAUUUCAUGGCGACGCUGCAUAAAAACGGAAUCGAAGAAAAGCGGCUUUCCAAAUACGUAGCUCACUCGAUCGCCGACGACGAUAUGGUGACUUUCUUCAUCAACUUCCCCGAGGAGGGACAAUACGGUCUGGACAUUUAUACGAGAGAAUCGACCAGCCCUACCAACGUUCCUCACGACAUCACCGGUGAAAAACAUUUGCUCACGCAUUGCUGCAAGUAUCUGAUCAAUUCCAGCAACAGGAAUUAGCAAGAUUCGUUUACGCGUCCGAUAGAAGAAGUCGUGGAAGAUUGUCUCGCGUGAUUAUGGACUCAAAGGUGCUGCAAGUUCUUUUCUCUCCCGGAGAUCUAAAGUGACGCGUAAGAACUAAUCUGCGAGAUUAGCCUCUGCUUGCCGGUGAAACUACGCUGAAGGUGAUGAUCGUAAAAGGUGGUGUUCAAGACGAAAGUCUAUGAAGAAAAGGUACAGUUGGUUCUCUUUUUUUUUCAUUAUGUAAGGUGCGAAGAACUUUGAAAGAGACGAACUAUUCCGAGCUGACGCGCUACCUCCAAGUUCUUUGUAGUUUAAUAACGAUAAGCCUAUUGUGCGAGGAUAAAUCAUCGAGAAGGUACGUUAAGAGAAAGACAGCGAGCAUAAUCGCGAUUAAAGAGUAACUUCUAUUUAACGAGAUCCUUGUUUAAUCGCUCGUCGAUUUUUUCCACGAUCGUUCGCGUUUGUUCGCGCGAGAAAGUUGGCAAUUAAAAGUUAACCAGCUUUGCGGCUCCCUCUGACCGAAUUAAUCAAACUUUCUCGCCCCGGUUCCAACCAUUAAUCCCAAUUAUCCGAGCUCGUUUUAAUCCAAUCCCGGCGAUCCCGUUUUGUCCCGCUCGUUCGAGUGGUCGCACGGAAAUCGGAUCAACGAUUUAUUUUACCGCGCGAGGUGCUUUGUGUAUAUAAAUUAUGCACGCGUUCCGGUUUUAUUAUUUCCCCUUUUCGGCUAUGUCGCCAAACGCUUCGGCGAAUACGUGUUUCUUUUCCGUUUUGUACUGUUUACGCGAUGGAUUAAAUUCCGAAGUCUCGAGGACUUUUAAACAUUCGGAAAUUUUCGAAUUUCAAAGUUCUAAUGUCUCUAAGUCUUACGGUUCAAAUUUUAAAAAUACAGCCUCAUGAAGUCCUAGAGGUUGCCGAAUUCGGUGCCUAUGAGCAUUUACUGUCACCUAAUUGGUCCAUCGCUUCCGUGACCAUUCACGUGCGUUUCUUUCUCACUGCUAAUGACCGUCAACGAAAAAUUACCGUCGUUUCUGGAUGGAGAUCUUGUCUUUAAAAACGACAAGGAUGUUCCAGGGAUCAUAGUUAGAAGGCUUUUAAAAGUGUACAAUUUUGCGACUGGUUUUCCGUUCAGGUGCUAUAUGUUACUAGCUGCACGAUUCUAGUUACUUUCCUACCAGAAAAGCGUGGAAAUACUGAAUUAUCUGGAAGAAGUUUAUUUUUAAAGCGUACUUGUAUUCGUACGAAUUUGGAUUUCCACGUUUUCAAUAGCGUAAGGAUCACAAGUUACGAAAGCGAAUGAAAAUUGUUUCUAUCGUUAAAGGCUAUAUAAUUGUUAAUUUUUGUAAUAUUAAUAUUAUUAUUUUUCUGUCGUUGUUGUUAUUUGAAAUUGUAACGACGCUUGCGUAAGAAAGCUUUCCUCGACUCGCAUUCCUCUCACCGUGGAAUAAAGUAUAACUCGAGCUUAAUUAUUAUUUCUCAUUGUUUCUAUGUAACAAGUAUGUAAAUUAAUUUUUAUACAUAUUACAGAUAACUCGUGUUAUUGUAAAAAUGCAAUUAAUAAAAUCUAAUUUUU